CCCGGUAUGAUCGUCACCGGCAUGGAGGUCGCCGAGAUCGACGGAGCUCCAAGAAUGGGACCGACUUUCGGGGCGAUGAUGAUAUCAGGGCAGAAGGCGGCGCACUUGGCACUGAAGUCAUUGGGGCUGGGGAACGCCAUAGAUGGAGAAAGAAAGAAAGUGGAAAUGAAGGAUGAAGAAGCAGAGCUGCUAAUCGCGGCGGCGGAAUCGCCGGAGGUUGCAGAUGCUUGAGAGUUGAGUUUAGAGGGUGUUUGAUUUGGAA